GCGGCGGAGCGGAGCGGAGACACCGGGGAGCGGGAGCUGCGUCCCCGGCUGUGCCACAUCAAGAAGGGCCCCAACGGGUACGGCUUCAACCUGCACAGUGAGAAGAGCCGCCCGGGGCAGUAUGUGCGUGCUGUGGACCCCGACUCACCAGCCGAGGCAGCGGGGCUGCGUGCCCAGGACCGCAUUGUUGAGGUGAAUGGGACGUCCGUGGAGGGCAAGCAGCACGCAGAUGUGGUGGCGGCCAUCAAGGCGGGUGGCGAUGAGACCAAACUGCUGGUGGUGGGCAUGCUGGCCGAUGAGUUCUUCAAGAAGUGCAGGGUGGUGCCCUCGGAGGCACACUUGGCAGGUCCCUUGCCAGAACCCAUUGCCAACGGUGAUAUAGAGAAGGAAAACGGCGGAGAGCCGCGGCUGAACUCCGUGUCAGAGAGACCCCCCAGCCCUGCGCUGGCCACGUCCCCCGAAGGCACUGAGACCCACAGUGAGCCCGACGCGCAGGAAGGGGACAAGCGCAGCUCUGCGCCCAGCUCCCUGCUGGACCUCGACAUCCCGCUGGCCGUGGCCAAGGAGCGGGCGCACCAGAAGCGCACCAGCAAGCGGGCUCCCCAGAUGGACUGGAGCAAGAAAAACGAACUGUUCAGCAACCUGUGAAUCCGCCCCGGGCAGGGACACCGGCUCUCCCCCAUCCCCUUCGUCCCCACCAUCCUGACAGGGAGGACGGGGUUCGGGGUCGGUGAGCGUCCCUGCUGAGGAUGGCGACGGUGCCCUGGGUGCUCCUCCAGCCCUGGCGUGAAGCUUUGUGCACCCGGCUGUGUGCAGAGCUGUGGGGAGGUUUGGUGACUCGGAGUGGCCGGGUUUGAUGCCCAAUGCUUCUCAUCCCCUCUGCCAGCUCUUCUUCUCCCAUCUCAAAACCCACUUCUGUUUCAUCCACUCCCCCCUCUCCCCCCCAGAUAAUCUCCCUUUCUUGAGGCUCUUGGCGACUUUCACCAAGCCCUACACCACAGCAAUUCCUCCUGGGGUUGGCACUCUUGACCUUGCAGUGUCCGUCCGCGAUGUCCCCAUCCCUUCAUUCCUGUGCCCCCAGAGCUGCCCUUGGAGGCACUUGGGCAUCCCACAGCCCCUGCCUCAGGGUUGUUUUGGGAGAGGAGAGGUGUCUGGAGCAGCACAGCAAGCAAUAAUCGCCCCCUGUGCUGCUGCUUGCUCCCAGAGACAAAGCCGAUCACGGUUUGCAUCCUACACUGCUUAGUUCAGAGGGGUCUCAAUAGACUGUCUUCUUUGUCCAAAAUGAGAGGUUUUCCAAUCACAUGGUUUAUUUUUUUUAAAUGUAUUUUGUGGAAAAUUCUUCCCAUGGAUGUUUUGUUUCUGUGUUUUGCAAUCAGGUGUUGUAUUGUCAAGCUGAAGAGAAAUUCUGUUUACUGGAAUAAAUCUUCCUGACUUCACGUGUCCA